CCUGGAUCCACCCCAACGCGGGAAGCAGUGCAUGCUGGAAGUUGUAGUCCAGAGGCCAGCCCCGCCCUGGUCCUGUUGGAAAUAGCUCCGGGCUCCGCCCAUCCUCCUCCUUUUCGCCCAAUUCUCGGAGACCUCAGAGAGCCAACAAACGUCAGCCUCGACGUUUUCCCGCGAGAGCUAUUUAUUAAUACCCUGGAGCGGGAAGGGCUGAACUUCGGGUUAAAGUAUAGUUGUACCGCAGGGCUUCUACUUGGCACUUUUCACCGGAAGAGCGCCGUCGGGGUCAGGAUUCCGAGCUACAAGCAAGAUGCUCAAGUCCAAGACUUUCUUAAAAAAGACGCGGGCGGGCGGCGUGAUGAAGAUCGUGCGCGAGCAUUACCUGCGGGACGACAUUGGCUGCGGCGCGCCCGGGUGCGCGGCGUGCGACGGUGCUCAUGAGGGGCCAGUCCUCGAGCCGCAGCCCCUGGAUCCGGCGAGCAGCCUGUGCCCCCGACCACACUACUUGCUUCCGGACACCAACGUGCUACUGCACCAGAUCGAUGUUCUUGAGGACCCUGCCAUCAGGAAUGUGAUUGUACUACAAACAGUUCUGCAGGAAGUGCGAAAUCGGAGUGCUCCGGUAUAUAAGCGAAUCAGAGAUGUGACUAAUAACCAGGAGAAGCAUUUCUAUACGUUCACUAAUGAGCACCAUAGAGAAACUUAUGUAGAACAAGAACAGGGAGAAAAUGCUAAUGACAGGAAUGAUAGAGCCAUUCGAGUAGCAGCAAAAUGGUACAAUGAACAUUUGAAGAAAAUAUCAGCAGAAAAUCAUCUACAAGUUAUCUUUAUAACAAAUGACAAGAAAAACAAAGAAAAAGCCAUAGAAGAAGGAAUACCAGCUUUCACCUGUGAAGAGUAUGUAAAGAGCCUGACUGCUAACCCGGAGCUCAUAGAUCGUCUUGCUUGUUUGUCUGAAGAAGGGAAUGAAAUAGAAAGUGGAAGAAUAAUAUUUUCAGAGCAUCUUCCUUUAAGUAAGCUACAGCAAGGCAUAAAAUCUGGGACAUACCUUCAAGGAACAUUUAGAGCAAGCAGGGAAAAUUACUUAGAAGCUACAGUAUGGGUUCAUGGAGACACAGAAGACGAUAAAGAGAUAAUCUUACAGGGACUUAAGAAUUUAAAUCGAGCUGUUCAUGAAGAUAUUGUUGCUGUAGAACUUCUUCCCAAGAAUCAGUGGGUGGCCCCAUCUUCUGUGGUUUUACACGAUGAAGGUCAAAAUGAAGAUGAUGUGGAAAAAGAAGAGGAAAGAGAACGCAUUCUUAAGACUGCUGCAAAUGAAAAAAUGUUAAAGCCCACAGGUAGAGUUGUAGGAAUAAUAAAAAGAAAUUGGAGACCAUACUGUGGCAUGCUUUCCAAGUCUGAUAUUAAAGAGUCAAGAAGACAUCUCUUUACCCCUGCUGAUAGGAGAAUCCCUAGAAUUCGAAUAGAAACCAGACAGGCUUCUGCAUUGGAAGGAAGGAGGAUUAUUGUUGCCAUUGAUGGUUGGCCCAGAAAUUCCAGAUAUCCAAAUGGACAUUUUGUAAAAAACUUAGGUGACGUUGGAGAUAAAGAGACUGAAACAGAAGUUUUGUUGCUUGAGCACGACGUUCCCCAUCAGCCUUUUUCACAGGCUGUUCUUAGCUUUCUUCCAAAGAUGCCCUGGAGCAUUACUGAAAAGGACAUGAAAAACCGAGAAGACCUGCGACAUCUGUGUGUUUGUAGUGUGGACCCUCCAGGAUGUACUGACAUAGAUGAUGCUCUACAUUGUAGAGAACUGGAAAAUGGAAAUUUGGAGGUUGGUGUUCAUAUUGCAGAUGUUAGCCAUUUUAUUAGGCCAGGAAAUGCUUUGGAUCAAGAGUCAGCCAGAAGGGGAACAACUGUUUAUCUUUGUGAAAAGAGGAUUGACAUGGUUCCAGAGUUGCUUAGCUCUAAUUUAUGUUCCUUAAGAUGUAACGUUGACAGGUUGGCAUUUUCGUGUAUUUGGGAAAUGAAUCACAAUGCUGAAAUCUUGAAAGUGAGGUUUACCAAAAGUGCCAUUAAUUCAAAGGCUUCCCUUACAUAUGCUGAAGCUCAGAUGAGAAUUGAUUCUGCAGCCAUGAAUGAUGAGAUUACCACUAGUCUCCGUGGACUAAACAAACUAGCUAAAAUUUUGAAAAAAAGAAGAAUUGAAAAAGGGGCUUUGACUCUUUCUUCUCCGGAAGUUCGAUUCCACAUGGACAGUGAAACUCAUGAUCCUAUAGAUCUGCAGACCAAGGAACUUAGGGAAACAAAUUCCAUGGUGGAAGAAUUUAUGUUACUGGCCAAUAUCUCUGUUGCAAAAAAAAUUCAUGAAGAAUUUUCAGAACAUGCCUUGCUUCGAAAACACCCAGCUCCUCCUCCAUCAAAUUAUGAAAUUCUUGUUAAGGCAGCUAAAUCCAAGAAUUUGGAAAUUAAAACUGAUACAGCCAAGUCUUUGGCUGACUCUUUGGACCGGGCGGAUUCUCCGACUUUUCCGUAUCUCAACACUCUCUUAAGGAUCUUAGCCACUCGCUGUAUGAUGCAGGCUGUGUACUUCUGCUCUGGAAUGGAUAACGAUUUUCAUCACUAUGGCUUAGCAUCGCCGAUAUACACACAUUUUACUUCACCCAUCAGAAGGUAUGCAGACAUCAUCGUCCAUCGAUUGUUGGCUGUGGCUAUUGGGGCUGACUGUACUUAUCCAGAGUUGACAGACAAACACAAACUUGCAGAUUUAUGUAAGAAUCUCAAUUUCCGGCACAAAAUGGCUCAGUAUGCCCAGCGUGCAUCAGUGGCUUUUCAUACCCAGUUGUUUUUCAAAAGCAAAGGAAUAGUAAGUGAAGAAGCCUAUAUUCUGUUUGUAAGAAAGAAUGCUAUUGUGGUGUUAAUUCCAAAGUAUGGUUUAGAAGGUACCGUCUUUUUUGAAGAAAAGGACAAACCAAAGCCAAGGCUUAUUUAUGAUGAUGAGAUACCUUCCCUUAAAAUAGAGGAUACAGUGUUCCAUAUAUUUGAUAAAGUUAAAGUGAAAAUCAUGCUAGACUCAUCCAAUCUUCAGCAUCAGAAAAUCCGAAUGUCCCUAGUAGAACCGCAGAUACCAGGAAUAAGCAUUUCGGCUGAUACUCCAAACGUGGACAUUGAUGAACCAGAGAGAAAGAAGAAGAAACGUGAGAAAUAGCUACCCUCAACAAAAAAACUUCAAAGACUGGUUUUCUUAAAAAAAAAAAAAAAAAAAAAA